UCUCCAAGGGCUGCCGGCUGAGCCUAAGGCUGAUUUCCCUUCCGCCUCCCGGGAGCCCCGGUGUUCGCAGGCACCGUCAAGAGAAUUCUUCGCCCUAAUUAUCCGGGGAGGAAGACGCGCCUUUCCCGGAGACCGCUAGGCAACACUCACCACGGCAGCCUUCAGAUUACUUCCCUCCGCGAGUGUGUGACUUCGUCUAAGCAACUCACACUUACUGUAGAUUCUCACUGGCGAAGCUGCGAGCAGCAGAGGGCGGGGGAGCUGGGAAGAGGAGGAGGGAGGACGGUGGGAGGUGCAGAGCCGGGAGGCAGAGGAGACGACGGAGCUCCCGACACAGCAGGAGGGCGCCGUGGCUGUGCAGUUUCAACCUCGUCCUCCCAGCCGCGCGCACACCACCUCCCCCCGGAGCAGCGGGAACCGCAGCAGCUCCGGGCUACCGCCGCUGGGCUCCGCGCUCCCGGCCGCCUGCAGCCGCCAGUACCUCCCCUCGUCAGCGCUCAGCCCGCAGCUAUUUCCUUCUGCCAGUCUCUGAACUCUCUGGAUCUUUUCCUUUGCUCGCCUCUCUCGUGUUUUCUCCACCCUGUAUUUUCUCAACUCCUUUCCUUUAUCCUUAACCACCCUGCCUUGUUCUCCUCUUUUUAUUGAGCAUUUUUCUUGACUUAAGAUGACUUGUCUCCCUUCCCUUCAUCAUUUCAGCCCCGAAGACUGAAAAGGAACCUUUAUUUUCCCCUCAGGGGCAUUUUAAAGACCUCAAUCCUUAAAAGUCUUGAGAGACAGAGAAACAGGACGCGGGACCUUCUCGACACCCUUGAGUCCAGUCCAGAACUGCACUAUCAGCCAUAACUAGUAUUUAAAUUAAGCCCACUGGAGAGAAGGGAGACAGGAGCCGGAAGCAAACUUCGGCCGUCUCAGAGGAUCCGCGGUUCCCGCGUUUGGAAGAGCCGCGUGCCAGAAGCCAAGGGACUCCACGGGCAACGCGGAGGAACCGCGAGCCUCCCUCGCCCCCUCCCCGAGGCCGGGGCGGUGGACUGAGCCGCGCGGGACAGCAGCGGCGGAGGCAGCUAGGAGAAGAUGCGGGGCUCGGGGCCCCCGGGUGCGGGACGCCGGAGGCCCCCGGGCGGCGGCGACGGCGACACCCCCAGCACCCCUGCAUCUCUGGCCGGCUGCUAUGCCGCACCUCGCAGGGCCCCCCUCUGGACGUGCCUUCUUCUGUGCGCCGCGCUUCGGACCCUCCUGGCCAGCCCCAGCAACGAAGUGAAUUUGUUGGAUUCACGUACUGUCAUGGGGGACUUGGGAUGGAUUGCUUUUCCAAAAAAUGGGUGGGAAGAGAUUGGUGAAGUUGAUGAAAAUUAUGCCCCUAUCCACACAUACCAAGUAUGCAAAGUUAUGGAACAGAAUCAGAAUAACUGGCUUUUGACCAGUUGGAUUUCCAACGAAGGUGCUUCCAGAAUCUUUAUAGAACUCAAGUUUACUCUGCGGGACUGCAACAGUCUUCCUGGAGGACUGGGAACCUGUAAGGAAACCUUUAACAUGUAUUACUUUGAAUCAGAUGAUGAGAAUGGGAGAAACAUCAAGGAAAACCAAUACAUCAAAAUUGAUACCAUUGCUGCCGAUGAAAGCUUUACGGAGCUUGAUCUUGGUGACCGGGUUAUGAAACUGAAUACAGAGGUCAGAGAUGUAGGACCUCUAAGCAAAAAGGGAUUUUAUCUUGCUUUUCAAGAUGUGGGUGCUUGCAUUGCUUUGGUUUCUGUGCGUGUGUACUAUAAAAAAUGCCCUUCUGUGGUAAGACACUUGGCUGUGUUCCCCGACACAAUCACUGGAGCUGAUUCUUCGCAAUUGCUUGAAGUGUCGGGCUCCUGUGUCAACCAUUCUGUGACAGAUGAACCACCCAAAAUGCACUGCAGUGCUGAAGGGGAGUGGCUGGUGCCCAUCGGGAAAUGCAUGUGCAAGGCAGGAUAUGAAGAGAAAAAUGGCACCUGUCAAGUGUGCAGACCUGGGUUCUUCAAAGCCUCACCUCACAACCAGAGCUGCAGCAAAUGUCCACCUCACAGUUUUACCCAUGAGGAAGCUUCAACCUCUUGUGUCUGUGAAAAGGAUUAUUUCAGGAGGGAGUCUGAUCCACCCACAAUGGCAUGCACAAGACCCCCCUCAGCUCCUCGGAAUGCCAUCUCAAAUGUUAAUGAAACUAGUGUCUUUCUGGAAUGGAUUCCUCCUGCUGACACUGGUGGAAGGAAAGAUGUAUCAUAUUAUAUUGCAUGCAAGAAGUGCAACUCCCAUGCAGGUGUGUGUGAGGAGUGUGGCGGUCAUGUCAGGUACCUCCCCCGGCAAAUCGGCCUGAAAAACACCUCUGUCAUGAUGGUGGAUCUGCUCGCUCACACAAACUAUACCUUUGAGAUUGAGGCAGUGAAUGGAGUGUCCGACUUGAGCCCAGGAGCCCGGCAGUAUGUGUCUGUAAAUGUAACCACAAAUCAAGCAGCUCCCUCUCCAGUCACCAAUGUGAAAAAGGGGAAGAUUGCAAAAAACAGCAUCUCUUUGUCUUGGCAAGAGCCAGAUCGUCCGAAUGGAAUCAUCUUGGAGUAUGAAAUCAAAUAUUUUGAAAAGGACCAAGAAACCAGCUAUACAAUUAUCAAGUCUAAAGAGACAACUGUAACUGCAGAGGGCUUGAAACCAGCUUCAGUGUAUGUCUUCCAAAUUCGGGCACGCACAGCAGCAGGCUAUGGUGUUUUCAGUCGAAGAUUUGAGUUUGAAACCAUCCCAGUGUCAGUUGAAGCAUCCAGCGAUCAAAGCCAGAUCCCUAUAAUUGCUGUGUCUGUGGCAGUGGGAGUCAUUUUGUUGGCAGUGGUUCUCGGCUUCCUCCUCAGUGGAAGUUGCUGCGAGUGUGGCUGUGGAAGGGCUUCUUCCCUGUGCGCUGUUGCCCAUCCAAGCCUAAUAUGGAGGUGUGGUUACAGCAAAGCAAAACAAGAUCCAGAAGAGGAAAAGAUGCAUUUUCAUAAUGGGCACAUUAAACUGCCAGGAGUAAGAACUUAUAUUGAUCCACACACCUAUGAGGAUCCCAAUCAAGCUGUCCAUGAAUUUGCCAAGGAGAUAGAAGCUUCAUGCAUCACCAUUGAAAGAGUUAUUGGAGCAGGUGAAUUUGGUGAAGUUUGUAGUGGACGUUUGAAACUUCCAGGAAAAAGAGAAUUACCUGUGGCAAUCAAAACCCUGAAAGUAGGCUACACAGAAAAGCAACGCCGAGAUUUCCUGGGUGAAGCAAGUAUCAUGGGGCAGUUUGAUCAUCCUAACAUCAUUCACUUAGAAGGUGUUGUGACCAAAAGCAAACCAGUGAUGAUAGUGACAGAGUACAUGGAAAAUGGAUCUUUAGAUACAUUUUUAAAGAAAAAUGACGGGCAAUUCACCGUGAUUCAGCUUGUUGGCAUGCUGAGAGGCAUUGCUGCAGGAAUGAAGUACCUUUCCGACAUGGGCUACGUGCAUAGAGACCUUGCUGCCAGAAACAUCUUAAUCAACAGUAACCUUGUGUGCAAAGUGUCUGACUUUGGACUUUCCAGGGUGCUGGAAGAUGAUCCUGAGGCAGCCUACACCACGAGGGGAGGCAAAAUUCCAAUCAGAUGGACUGCCCCAGAAGCUAUAGCUUUCCGAAAGUUUACCUCUGCCAGUGAUGUCUGGAGCUAUGGAAUCGUGAUGUGGGAGGUUGUGUCUUAUGGGGAGAGACCCUACUGGGAGAUGACCAAUCAAGACGUGAUUAAAGCAGUAGAGGAAGGCUACCGUCUGCCAAGCCCCAUGGACUGCCCUGCUGCUCUCUAUCAGUUAAUGCUGGAUUGCUGGCAGAAGGACCGAAAUAGCAGGCCCAAGUUUGAUGAGAUCGUCAACAUGUUGGAUAAGCUGAUACGUAACCCAAGUAGCUUGAAGACGCUGGUUAAUGCAUCCAGCAGGGUAUCUAAUUUGUUGGCAGAACAUGGCCCACCGGGAUCUGGGGCCUACAGAUCAGUAGGUGAAUGGCUAGAAGCAAUCAAAAUGGGCCGGUAUACAGAGAUUUUCAUGGAAAAUGGAUACAGUUCAAUGGACGCUGUGGCUCAGGUGACCUUGGAGGAUUUGAGACGGCUUGGAGUGACUCUUGUCGGUCACCAGAAGAAGAUCAUGAACAGCCUUCAAGAAAUGAAGGUGCAGCUGGUAAAUGGGAUGGUGCCAUUGUAACUUCAUUUCAAUGUCACUUCAUCAAGUGAAUGAUUCUGCACUUUGUAAACAAGCCCUGAGAUUUAUUUUAACAACAACAACAAAAAAAAAAUAUGGGGGGGGGGAGGGAACACUCAGUGAUUUCUAAACCUUAGGAGAGCAUUUGUUUCAGCCACAGAAUUUGUAAUCAGUGUUUUGCUAAAAUCUCCUUAUCUUCCUCAGUGUCUUCAUUUUUCAUGAAGCAAAUAUAACCUGCAUGGAAUAAAAACCUGAGGUUAAACAUUAUCUUACGUUGCAACAAGAAAAUCCUUUCCACUACUUCUACAAAAUUUUAUAAAUGAAAAUUAUAACUAUAUAUAGCACCUUUACAGACUGAAUUAAGGCAGCCCCUUUCAAAACUUCCAAGAAUCUACUUGAAAGGAAAAGUUUAUAGCCAUUUGUGGGCUAACAGAAGCUGCAAUUUACUGAAGUUUACUUCAAGUCUUAAAUGUCUACAUAAGUGUAUUGAAGAGCAAUAUGAUUAGGUAAUUUCUUAACAGAUACCUUCUUUUGUAAUUUAAAAUGCGUCUAAGUUAUAGACUCUAGUGUAUAAAUAUGUUGCUUGAUCAAGGACAAGUACAAUACAGGGUGCAUAUUUAUUUUUCUGUGUUAUAAAAUUUACUUUUAGUUGCUCUUCUAGAAACUAUUAGGUAAUAAAUGUGUAUAUACUGUAUAAUUUGCUAUAUACCCAGGAAUCAGUUUAAGUUGGAGUUUUGUGUGUGAUGCUUGCACAUGUGUGCAUUAUCAUUCUGCUUGCAUUUUUAAUAGUGUUUUAAUUUUAGCAACAUACAGGAACAAGUGUUCCACAGUGUAAUAUAAAUAGGAGAAGUAGGGAAGCAGUAAAAUGAAAAUUUAACACAAGCUUGUGUCUUUCUUCCUCUCAUGUGUCCAAAAGCUACUAAAUCUCUUUAUUCACUAACAGGAAAUGUCUAUAAGAUUAAAUCCCCUUUGGCUUUUUGAAAACACUUUGUGAUAUCUGUGACAAUGCAGUUCUUCUAGCCAUUAAUCUUGCACCCCUGUAAGAAGUUUCACCUUUCUGAGUCCCAGAAAAUAUCUUGUCAAGCAAAGUUGACACCGAAGGGCACAUUUUCAGCAGGAUAUAGAAGGAUUUAACUGUGCAGGCUUCUGUUAAUGUUGUUAAAUCCAGGCACAUAGCACUAAGCAUUACCCCUAAGUGUUAAUCCUUUGUAACAAUUUCCCUUGUGGUUCAGCUUUAGAAAUUUUGAUACUAAGGCAGCGAUGGAAUGAUGAAAUAUAUAUAUAUAUAUAUAUAUAAAUAUACACAUUAUAUUUAUAUAUAUAUAUUCCUUCAGAAUUGUCUUUGUUUCAAAACUUAACAAGUUUUACCUGUUGAUGGCUGUUUAUUCAUUUGGUAAUUUCUUCUUGUAUUCAGUUUCAUCAAAUUGAACUUAUUUUGAUAAACCAGUCCAAAGUAUUAUUUAGUUGGCCUUAUUAAGGAAUAUAAGAUAUGUUCUAUGUACAUUCUAUGUACCACACUUGGUGAAGACAGACAUUUGUGUUAUAAAUUAUAUGGUUUAUUAGAAUUUGAACAAAACUGAGCUCCUUGGUGAAAUAACAAAAUUUUUAUAGUAUUACAUUUUAUAGAAACCAUGGGAUGACAUGUGAUUAUUCAAGGAGUAUUGCAUUUGAACAAAAUAUAGCCUAUUUAUGUUAUCAAGGGCAAUAGUAUAUUGGAGUAGUCUGGAUUAAUGAAAUCCAUAGAAAAUAUACCUGCAUGAUAGUAAUGGUAUUCUGUCUUUUCCAAGCACUUGUUUUAGUUGAAUAUGAGCACAUACAAGAAUAAACCUUUAAGGAAUAACUUCUUUCUACCUUGCCCACCUUUUACUUAAGCAGUAAGUUAACUCUGCUAAAGAACAUGGCAAAAAAAAAAAAAAAAAAAAGGAAAAAGCAAAGGUUCUAAACAAUUCUCAGAUGGUAUAUUUAGUUCGGCCCAAUUAUGGCUAUAAUUACUUAUUAGAUUUAUACUAUACCAUGGGUCCUAACAAAAUACACUUCAAGUAUACUUUAAUAGAUAAAUGAAAUUUGCAGAGAAAGUAGAAAAAGGUGGAUUUAGCAUUGUCUUGAUAAAAUCACAAGUGGGCAUCACCAUUAUGAAAGAUGCCUUUGUUCAUUUCAAGAAACAAAAUGAACUGAACUAAUUCUUUCUGUACAAAGUAAUUGGAGACAUGUUGCACUUUACUGAAUUCCGUAAAAAGAACUGAAUUUAAGUCAUAAACUAACAGUUGAGAACCUUCGGGGCGCCUGGGUGGCUCAGUUGGUUAAGCGACUGCCUUCAGCUCCGGUCAUGAUCUCAGGGUCCUGGGAUCGAGCCCCGCAUCGGGCUCCCUGCUCAGUGGGAAGCCUGCUUCUCUCUUUCCUACUCCCCCUGCUUGUGUUCCCUCUCUCGCUGUGCCUCUACCUCUCUGUCAAAUAAAUAAAUAAAAUCUUAAAAAAAAAAAACAGUUGAGAACCUUCAAAGCAGGAAUAGACAGACAUAUUGAUUUAAAAUACAAACUAUCAUAAAUGUUAGGACUAGCCACAAUUAUUUACACAUAACAAAGAUAUUUUCUGAAUGUCUUCUAAAAGUUAUAUGUUCAAAAAUGAUUGAGAUGUCAGCACAGAGUAUAUCUAAGUGAUUAGAAUUUAAAGUUACAAUGUAGAUUUCCUCUUUUCACAAAAGAACAGUAUAAAUUAAUAUGGAUCGAUUCCUUUGCAAUUCUGGUAUUCCUUUGGGAAAGUAAAUUGAGUUGAAAGUUAGACACAUCGAUUUCAUCUACAUCUCACUUUGGUUGAGAAUUUCUAAGGCAUGGCAAUAUGAUUUUAAAAGAAAUAAAGAGAUUUUCAAAUAAGAUCUGCUCUCCCCCCACAUUAAAAAAAAAAAAAAAGAGGAAAGAAUUCCUUUCUAAAAUAUUUAUUCACCACUAGAUAUGUCACCAAUUGGGAAGUGCCAAUCUCAUCUAUAAAUGUGAGAAGUGGAACCAGGAGAGGAGGCAGCUCUUGUGAAAUGCAGGGAGGCAGUAACCCAGGGCGAGGUUUGACAAAUCUUGAUUGUGUGAUUUCUUAUCCUUUUGGUUUAUUUUGUCACCCACCAGACAACUAAAAAUAAAACAUAGAUUCAAUAAUUUUAGCACAUAAGAUAGAUUUGUCAAAUAAUACAUAAUGUUAUUGUAACUAUCAAGUAGCAAUACCUUUAAAGCAUGAGUCGUUCUCAAUGUUGAACUUGGAAAAUAGGAACAAGCAGGGAGUUUUUUUCAACUUACUGAUACCUGUGGAAGUCACUCAGUUACUACUUUUACCAAUCAUAAUUUGUUUCCUAAUCUUCCCAUUUGCUCACAUGUUCUUGGCCAUUGAAAUAUCUGAAUUGUAUGUAAAAAUGUAAAGAUUUUGCUUUUCCCAUGUAAAAAAAAAAUGUGCAUGGUUUUUUAUUUCUUCUCUUUUAAUCACCAAAUCAGUGUUCUAAAGUUGUAGGAUUACUAUAAAAAUUAUAUUCCAAUACUCUAUCUAAACUUAAAUGUGGCCAGCAUUAUUAGUUUCAGAGUUGUGAAAACAAUACAGAACAUCCUUCACUGAGUUUGUAAAGAAUUUUAACCAGUGUGCAAUGGUGAAGAGAUAGUUUCACAUCUUAGGCUUAAAAUGAAAAAUUAAUAUCUGUUGAACACUUAUGUGUUUGCAUGUCUGCUAUUUAAUCUCUAUGUGAAAGUCAAAGAUUUUUUUUAACACCAUUAUUUCUCCCAUUUAAAGUGGGCUUGCAGAAGCACAAGUAGGAAAAUUCACCUGUGGAAGACAUUUUUGUUUGUAAUGGUGCGUUGGAUGGCAAAUUUGUGUCAGAUAUUAGAAAUUUACUAGAUGUAUGAUGUUGCAUAGUAGGAUAAGGUCUUUUUCCCACUUUUUUCUUUCUAAAAAUAAGAAGACAGAAAGCUAAAUAUGAUAGUAAACUGUGUUUGCUUAUGUCCUGCCAGAUGUUUAAACUCAAAAUAAAUAAAAAGUAGGUACAAUAUGAUGAUGAUGAUGAUGAAUAAACAAUCAGAAUGCUAGUUUUAUUUGAAAUUAAUAACUAGAAUAAGUCAUCAUUUUUUCAACUCUGUAGCACAGCUGGUUACAUUGAAUAUUUUUCUCUAUUAUGCUGUUAAUUAUAUAGUAAUGUAUCAAAGGAGAAAUAGAUAAGAACUUUCUUUUCAUGUUGGUUUAUAAAAACAUCUUUUUAUACAUAAAUGAUUGAAUGUUCUUAUUCAGAAUGACCACAAAAUUAUUGCUUAGGAGAAGACACAAUUCUUAAAAAAAGAGAGAGAGAGAGAAUCUAUUUAUUAUAAUCAGAAUCAAAUGUCAUUUGUUUCUUCUAAAUGUAAAUGAAAAAAAUUGAAGGUGGCAAAAUAAAUCAUGUUUAUUCAGUCUGGGCUAUAUUAACAGUAGAGAUUUUAGUGGUCAACAUAUUUGUGAAUCUUUAGAUUGCUAUAGUUUUGCAUUUAAUAAUUUUACAGUGUGUAAAUUUCAUUUAUAAUAGUCUGAGAAUAAAACUUAGACUCAGUCAUUUGUUAAUAUGUUUACUAAAUUCUCUUAGAAGCAGCUGUAUAGAGUAUCUUAUUCUAGGCUAGGCAUCAGGAUAUCUCAAAUCUGUGCCGAAGCAUUAAUUCAAGAAAGGAUUAGUGUUUCUGUAUUUUUCCCCCAUUUGAAGCUCUCUGUGCAUUUGGUUUGUGUAUAUGUUUUUGUAGUGUAAGAUAUGAAAUUUUAUAUUUUUUCAGAAAAUAAAAAACCCUUUGAAUACAGUUAAAUCCAAUUGUCAUGCUUGACCCUCCCCCAAAAGAUUCUAAACUUACAGCCUUUGUAUAAUGAUUUCAGUUAGUUUUAAUAAAAAUGUUUGAAUUUCCUAUGCUAAAUAUCUAAAAUGCAAUCAGCAUUCAUUUUCUUCAAAGACAUAUUCAUGAAUCUUUUUACUCAAGUAUUUUUGCAACCAGAGUUUGACAUAAGACUGUAGGACAUGAGCAUAAUUGUGUGAAACCUAAUUAGAAGUUGAUUUGUGACAGUGUAAUACAACAUUACUUAAAAACAAAACAAAACAAAACACAAAACUGUGUGUAUCAUCUGCAAAAAGAGACUCUGCUCUCUAGCAUUAGUUGAUCAUCUUCUCAUUGCCCUGCAUCUGCUUAUGACAUAGGGUGGAGGAGUUACAUUCUUAAAAGAAAGGUGUCAGUAAGUACAAAUGCUCCCUCUUUUUCUGUAUAUAUUAUAUCAUAUUGGUCUCCUUUUGUAAAAAGCAUACCAAACAAUCUGCUGUAUUCAAGGAAAUUAAUCAUAUUUGUAAAUUUUUGUAUUUACAUUCGUGAAAAGUGACACCACCAUGCCUAUGGAAAUAAUCUUUAACUCCUUUGUCUAUACAUAGAGUCAGUAUUAGAAGGUAUAACAUUUACUAUUUUAGUAAAUAGCCUCAUGUAAAGACUCUGAGCGCUUUGUUACCAAAUAGACUAUUCUUGCCUCUGCUUUGCUGCAAAUGUAAAGAUCUAAUGAUAAAAGGGAUUUUUUUCUCCCAAUCCUAAGACAUUCUUGAUCAGGUAGGAGGGAUGGAGAGGUGGUGGGAGGUAAAUGUUUAAUAAGAAGGCACUAUUCUCUAUUAGAAUUUUCCACACAUACCUUUAAGAUAAUUUUAUUGUCUCCACUUUACUGAUGAGGAAACCAUGACCCAAAGCUGUUUAGAAAUUGCCCAAGUCCUGACUGCUCUUCAAAGGCAGGGUGAAAACCACAUUCAUUUGAAACCAAACCAAAAUGUUGCCCAUGCUAUCUAGAUGAUGGAAUCAUUUAGGCCAAUCUCCUGAUUUAAUUGGUGGAAGAACUGACGUUUAGCAAGAAAGAAAUUAUCUGAACAUUUCCACAAAGUGAAGUGUAACCCUUGGUUGGGAACCAGGAUCUGAGUGAUUACAUUUCUAACAUAUUUGAUUUUUAGAGUAAGCCAAACCUUGGAAGUCAAAAAUAGUUUUUCUUAUUUGUAAUUCUUCCACUGAGUAGGAGCACAAUUUAAUUCAGUGUAUCUUUCUAGUACAGGCAUAGUUUUCUCAACUACAAGUACAGAAAAUGGCAAUACAUAUUUAUUAUUUAUUUACAGCUAUAAUAUCUGAACUUUGCUUGUGGAACUUUGAGGCCUACAAGUGAUUCAUGACCAAAUUGUUACCAAAAGUAAAACAUAUUGAUACUUAUUAAAAUUCAGAGUAGCCAUUUAAAUCAAGUAGAGUUUUAUAUAAAAUAUUAAAUGUCAUUUUACUU